AUGGUCACUACUUGGUUGUCUGUUCAGUCCGCCCAUCCUAUUCAACAGGGAGGUUCUGCAAAUAUGCAUACAGUUCCAGAACUUCCCGUAGGCAUACUGGCACUCUCCCUGCAAUCAUUGGAUACUAACAGUCUGUAUCUGUAUUUGAUGUGUCAGUACAGAGAAGAACCUGAACAUACUUGCUGGGGAUAUUUGGAUGUUUUGGAUAAUCGGAUCAGCACUCUUUUACAUUAUCAAGAUGCUGGGACUGCAACCCAUGCAAUCUCUCACUUGCCUGUCAUCUACAUACCUGGAGGUGCUUUGGGUACUUUAAAGGCCAGGAACUGGAUGACCAAGUGUGUUCCUGGUGAAGCUGUGGAAACAGUUUUGCCUUUUACAGCCAUCUAUGAUGCAACCAUCUUGUUUCAGUCCAAGGCUAAAAUGACCAACUAG